AUUAUAUUGGCCUAUCUAAUAGUAAAUUUUAGUUCAUUUCUUUAGCCCAUGUAUUCAAGAUGGAUUAAUGUGAUUCAGUAAUAGUACUUGUUAACACUAUGGCAACUACUGGCUAAACUCGCCCACUAACUUCCAAAACUGACACCGAGACCCUGGCCCAAGGCCCUACUAUACUAUCAGUGUAUCAGCCUACAAGUUUAAGUAGAUGCAGAUGAGUAGAUAUAGUACUAGUAGUAGGUUAGUAGUCAACUUAUACUAUACUGUAACUAUACUAUUGAAAAGUGGGUAAACGUGAGAGAUAGCACCGCGUUUUUUACCAUGGCGAACUUAUGUCCUAAAUUUAUCCCUAAACUAAAUGUAUCGGUCUAUCCGUCUAUGUCAUGUGUGUGUAAUCAUGUAAUGUACCUAAUAAUAAUUAAUAAAGAUAAAUAGGCAUACUUCAAAAUGAAAUAUUUAUUUUUUGGUUAUAGUUAGCCUUGAGUUGCCAUUGCAUUUUGCCUUUAUUAUGCCACUAUCCAGCUUUAGGUUAGAAAGGCGGGCUAGGACUAGGGGAUUAAUUAUUAUUAUUUUUAUUUAUUAGGUUACGCCCAGGCCUACACUGAACCCCCAUUUACCCUAGCCUAUCAGAUCAGGAUGCCUCAUGUUGUUGGCAUACCAAUAAUAACUCAAAAUGAAAUCGCACCAUUCUGACAUUAUAAUUAUGAUCAAACAUUGGGGCACCAUCCAUAUAUUAAUAUAUUAUGUAUUGGAGAUAUUGCAAGGAGGCUAGGAGGUGGAAUGUUCUUGACAGACUGAGAAAGUGUGUCCAUUUAUACACAAACAGAGCAAAGAAAGCCAGUGAGACUUUAACAAAUAAUUGUCUAUAAAUAAUUUGAUUGUUUAUUUAGGGGAAGUGGGCGGAAAGCUCAUUUGUGAGCAGAUCAGAAGAGGGUGUACAAAAAAGUACUGGAACAGCAGAGGAGGGGGAGGGUGAAAUGUGACUGCAAUGCAGUGGAAAAUUAAGAACUUUUAUGGGGGGGGGGGGGGAGAUUAUUUGAAAAUGAGAGAAGGGAAUGGGGUGGACUUGGGUUCAGGGAAACAUUAAGAAUAAAUGAAAGUUAUAUUGUAUUUAUGAUGUGAAAUUUGGAUGGAUUUUAAAAAAAAAUUUGGAUGGAUUUUAAAAAAAAAUUUCGCUUUUGCUUUAUAAUACUGCAUUUAGUGUUGUCAUAACAGUGAAAGAUAUCAUUUUGUAAUUGCAUUCUUUAAAAAGAAAGGGACAAUAAUGGCAACUCCGGGUACAGAUAUCUCUGAAGAGAAAGAUGUUGAAAAGGAACCACUCCUCCUUGAAACAGUAUGGCUGAAGCAGCCACAAAUUGAAGAAGCAGAAGCAAUAUUUCAACAGCUUUCAAUAAAUGAUAGCAGUGGAGAUAGAAUGUUCCACAAUGAAUCUGGUGAUUGUAUGACUUCUUUGGAUGAUAUUAAAUGUGAGCUUCCAGAAAGUAAAGAAAAGUCUAAUUCUAAUGUAAGUUUUUUAAAAAUUCUAAUUUUAUGCAACCGUAAUAAACAUUUAACUUUCCUUUUUUAACAUGUACUAAAACAUUUUACACCUAUUAUAUUAUAAAUAAGUCCUACAUGAGGAAAAGAGAUGAAUAUGAUAAAUAAAUGUAUAGAAUAAAUUCUUUUUUUUUUUGUCAAACUCUUCUUAUCUCUUAAAAAUUUCAACUUGAUAAAUGAUUGAAUUCUAAGUAUCAAAGAUUUUGUUUUAAAUGCUUGAAUGUACACACUAUUGAAACCUGAUACUCUUUCUUUUGUAGGACAAGUUAUACCUAGAACAAGAAACUGUUUGGUUCAAGCAACAGUUUUAUGAAGAUGCUGAAGUUCGGUACCACAUGUUUUUGGCAGGAACUUUUAAUUCUGAUGUACCAAAUGUAACUAUAGGAACACCUAAUAAGGUAGAUAUCAAUCUUUUGAGAGAAUUCAUUGGUUUUUCUCCUGAAUCCUCUACAAUAUUUUUCCAACAAAAAAUUUAAGUGGGAUUUUGAUAAAAAUAUAUUUAUAUUAUACAAGUCACUUCAAAUUUUGUAUUAGAAAUUGGUUAUAUUUGUGGACACUCAUCAAUUUAUGUCCAUAGAAAGUGUGCUCAGUGCUCAACAUAAGUCCGGACCUUAACAUUAUUCAGCAAUCUGUAAAUCUCUGCCAUUUUCACCCUUCCAUGCAGUUAUUAUGUAGCAGCAAGUAUGGUUUAAAUGUGUUUUAGAAAUGGUCCAUUACCUUAAAUUAUUGACCAUUCAAAAACAUGGAGUUGAAGUCUAUUAAAAAUUAUAGGCAAAAAUGAAUCUAUUAUUAGAGCGUAUGUCACUGUAUGUGUUUAAUAAUUUUGUUCUUUUCCAGCGUCUUCAUGUCCAUGAUGGAAAGACGCAAUUCAAAAAACAACGUCAAGAAGGAAAAGGCAAAGGAGAAGCUCUAGAGAGAAAACUGCAUACUGAAGUGGGAACAUUGUCAAAAACUCUAAAAACCAUCCAAGGGCGACUUGAGGAUUUUGAAAAGGUAGUGGUGAACAUAACUUUUAGAAAACAAUUUCAAUUUGCAUCUAGUAUAAAUGAAAAAUGCUAUUUAGCGUGUUCAAUAUAAAAUAACUAUACUUGGUUUUGGGUCUUUAGCUGAUAGAAUGGAGAAAAAAAUAGUAUUUAUAAAUGUAUAUUAAGCAUAAUAGUAAAAAUAAUACAUUUUAGAAUUGUAACAGACGAAACAUGAAAAAGACAUAAUAUUUGAGUUAGCAUCUGUUGUAUUGAUUUCCUCUGAAAUCUACUUUUUAAUUGAAAUAUAUUUUUUUCAAACUAAUUCUCUACAGUUUUCCUUUUCUAAGGAAAACUUUUAGAAAGCACAUUAAAUAUUAAACAAAAUACAGAGAAAAUAAUCUAACAGACACAACAUGACUUAAUAACUGACAAUGCGUCUGAAUGCAAGCAAUAAGAAAAAUAGAAAUGUCAAUUCUUUUACAGACUUAUAAAUACUUCACUGUAGCAGUUCUAAAAAAAAUAACAGUGCUUUCAUGCUUAUCCAUUAUUUGACAUUGACCAUGACAAUAAUAAUUGUCAGCCUAUAUUUACUAGAAGUAAAAAAAAAAAUUUAUAUUAAAAUAUGUAGACAACUUGUUCUUAAUGCAAGAUGGCCACCAGGUCAAGUGUCGUACUAUACAAAGAUAGUAAAAAAUGACUUUAUACCAAUAUGCUUGAAAUAAAUGUAAAUAGUACCAAAUUUUAUGUCAUUUAAUUCUGUAUCUUGUGUCUAACCACUUUUACAUGGAAUCCAUCUAUCAACUAUUUCAUUAGAAAAUUAUAACCUUUUUCUAAAGUGGCUUGCAUUAGUUGAUACAAAUUUGUUCACCAAGCCAUUCAUCCUGAUGCAUUUAUAGAAACAGUUCAUGCCAAACCCCUCGAGCCACUUUUGUCAAUCACAUUUAUUCAAAUGAUUUUAUUUUUGGUUCUCUACAGACGCAGCAACGAAAAGCACAAGCUGUUCGUGAUGCUGCAUCUCGUCUCACUGCCGCUAUAGAGGCUUGUCAGAGUCGGCUGAACGAUGAAAUUAACCAGAGCGCUGGACAAUUCAGCUCACUGAGAGCAUCUCUUGGAGAAGUUGAUUCCAUAAUUAGUAAUACAGAUAGCAUCUUGGAAGAUGAAGCUUGGGGAAAAUUCAAAACACAUGACACAUUUUGCCAAGCUAUGGCUGAUAGAAUUGCAAAACUUAAUCAAGAUUUAAUACAGUGCGCAGAAAUUUGCAACUGUUUUCAAGCUGAUGUUCCAAAGUCUGAUAUUAACAGGAUUGUAGGAGAAAUCGGUCGACUUUCUUUAAUUAAAAAGCAACAGGGUCCUGAUAAGUUUGGCUUAAAGAAUGAUCUUAUAGCCAAAAGUAUUAAGGAAUUGCUGAACCUUGAUCAGAUUGAACUAGAAUCCAGUGGAUCUCCAGUUUUUUCAGAUUCUGGCCCCGAAGAAAGUGGGUGUAUUUCAGAAACAUCAGAAAAUGAUACUUCAGCCGGUAAACUUUCUAAUUCAAAGAACAAAACACAGUCCUCUAAAGGAAGAGAUAGCAAGACUAAAAAGACUUUCCCAAGUGGUAAAGCUAAUCGAAAUGGCAACGCCGUGCCAUAUUUUGGAAAUAAAGGACCAGAGCAGAACCCGGCUGCCAAGUUAAAGCCUGAAGUCAGCAAUGAUCAAUUAAAUUUUGGGCAGCAUAUUGCUGCAAAGAAAAGGAAUGCCCAGGGGACGCAGAGUACUCCUCAGAAAAAGCAAGAUCUUUUUAAGUUCAAAGGGAUGUCUCACACUUCUAAAACCCCAUUUGUGCAUCAGCCUGGACUUUUAGGACCCAGACCAAACCUGCUUCAAGCCCCUGGUCAGGUUCCUUUCAGAUUUUCUAAUUUGAACACAAUGAUUCAGCAGCAGCAGCGUCCAGCACUUACCAACUUUGGCACCAUGCGUAAUAUGAAUCCUGUAUCUUCAGGCCAGACCGGCUUUGGGAGUAUGGGCUUCAAUUUUUCUAACCAAAGUCGAACACGGCCUAUGGAAAGUAUUAUUCACAAUCCUUCUGUCGGUUUGACAUCCCAAAACCAAGGUCAUAAUCAAAUGGCUCAUAAUGUCAGUGGUCCGGUGAGACAGUCCAAACUUUUCCAGAUUCAUCAGAACCAGUCGCAAAACAAAUCACUGAAAGGGACAGAACAACAAUUUGGAGCUCAGUCUAGGCAGGGAGGAUUCUCUUUCCCGUUUCAUCAGAAUCCGAUCGGCUCGGGGAUGUUGCAAAAUGCUCAAGGAAGUCUCAUGAAUGCCUUUACGGGUGUGCCGCAGGGAAGCAUGGAGCAGCAACUAAAUGAGAUUUCUCAAAAGAUCCAACAUAUGCAGCUUGCUGCGAGUCAGAAUUAUCAGCUCCGGCAACUCAUGCAGGAAACUGAAAGGCUGAAGCAAAUGGUUGCCCAGAAGCAGCACCAACAGCAAGAUCGAUUUCAGCAUCAGUUCCAACUCCUGAUCAAUGCUUUCAUGCAGCAACAGCAGCAGCAGCUUGCUCAAGGGCCCCAGUCCAAAAUUGCAAAGUCUAUGAUGUAUCAGAAUUCCCAGAAACAACGCCUGUUUCAGAAUCGACAACAUCAGCUGCAGCAACAGAAGAAACAAAAGCAGCAGCAAAAUAAAGUUCAGCAUGUGCGGCAGGAACAGCAACUUGGUGAUCCUUUGAAAAAAAUAAAACCUGAAACCUGUGGGCAGCACAUUAAUAGCAAUACGGAUGUUGAGGAGCAGAGCUGGCACAAUCCUUUUGCUUUAACUUCACAGCCUCCGAAACUACCAGGCAAAUAUUCUGUCAUCACUAAACUGAGCACUUUUGACCCCCACGCCUUGGGUGACAAAAGCAGUGCUGGGAUCAGCUCAAUGGUGGUGCUGGACAACAUUGGCUGCCUUGUGGUUGUUGACAUAAUAAACAACUGUCUAAAACUCUAUGAGGUCACCAGGACGAGCUCUUCCACUGAUGCACUGACUCACAAUUUUGUCACAAGACUUGAGUUACCCAGACCCUAUUACAUGACCAGGCUUAAUGCUGACACAAUAGUUAUCAGCAGGGAAGGCAAGAAACUUAGCUUAGUGCGGGUGUCAAAAAAGCGAUUGGAGUACCUCAGAGAUAUUGCUUCUGAAGCACAAUAUUAUGGUGUGGCAUAUGUGAAAGACAAUGUGAUUGCAUGUGCAGCGUACACUGAUAACAAAAUUGACCUUGUGAGCAUUCAGGAUAAUGUCGCACACACCGCUCUGCUGACCGCACAAAAGCAAGGACCAGAAUUGGUCUCGAGUCUGAGCCCCACCGGAUCCGUUGUUUACCUGGAGCGAUUACCAGAUGUCGCAGUACGCCUCGUAUGCAUUUCUUUAAAUGCUGAAUUAGAAUUUCUUGUGGAUUUGGAGUCGGGAGCCUCAGACGUGUGGAAUUUUGCAGCUAUAAAAGAUAAGAUUAUUUGCUGCAACAAGAAAAACAGUAAAAUUAAACUGUUUUCCAGUACUGGAGCUUUGCUCGCCGAUCUAAACUUUCCCAUUGAAACUGUAAAGCAGCCUUUUGCCAUGGCAUUUUGUGAGAAUGGCAACUUGUACAUUGCCAAUGACGGAGAGUGGGACAGCAAAAAUGCUCAUUAUGUGACCACUGAUGUUAAUAUUUAUGAAUUCUCAUAAGGAGAUUGUGAUGUAAGCAUUUCCAAGAAAUGGCUGAGUGAAAUGUGAAAUGUUUUGAGUCUUCAUAUCAUUACAGUUAUCUGUGAAUCAGUUCAGGGAGUUUAGCCUUUCAGUUAAAAGUGCGCAUCAUGUCAUACUACAACAUUAAAAGUGCGCAUCAUGUCAUACUACGACAUUAAAAGUGUGCAUUAUGUCAUACUACAACAUUAAAAGUGUUAAUCAUGUCAAACUACAACAUAACUGUCAAACUGUAAUUAGUCUUUUCUUUUUCUUCAAUCGUUGGCGUGUAUCCAUUUUGUAUACCUUUCCCUUUUUAUAAAAAAAAAAACGAACAAGUACUUUUAAAGUAUACGAAGAUUUUGAGUGCCAUGUAGUCGUUAAUGUCACAAAGCUUUCACAAUCAUUCAUGUUGUUAUUUGAAAAUAGCCUCAGAUUCCAAUCUAUCAAUUAUUAUUUUUCACUAAUUCUGAUGACCAGGUUAAUGGCACUUUUGAAAUGUUAUCUUUCAUUUUAUUUCAUUCCCAGUGAGAUGUAUUUUCUUAGUGCAUUUCAUUUUUUUAAUCUUUUCACUGCUAAAAUUGAUCAGGGGUGCAUAUUUGUUUAUUAGAAACAUAACAGGUUUGAAGAUUAAAUUAUUUUUUUUUUUUUUACAAUAGCUGAUAAGUGAUUUAUCAACCGUGACUAUUUAAUUUGUGCGUGUGAACGACUUAAGUGUUGUUUUUUUUUACAAUAGAUGAUAAGUGAUUUAUCAACCGUGACUAUUUAAUUUGUGUGUGUGAAUGACUUAAGUGUUUUUUUACAAAAAUCUUAAUUUACGUGAAUGAAAUGCAGACAACUAAUUUAAAAUCGAAAUUCUUUUUUUUUUUUCUUUCAAAUACUUUGUUCCUAACAGUCUGCAUUGUUCCUAACAGUCUGCAUUGUUCCUAACAGUCUGCAUUGUUCCUAACAGUCUGCAUUGUUCCUAACAGUCUGCAUUGUUCCUAACAGUCUGCAUUGUUCCUAACAGUCUGCAUUGUUCCUAACAGUCUGCAUUGUUCCUAACAGUCUGCAUUGUUCCUAACAGUCUGCAUUGUUCCUAACAGUCUGCAUUGUUCCUAACAGUCUGCAUACUUUGAAUUAGUUUAUGUAAUACCUUUCUUGUGUCAUUUUUCAUAUCCUUUCUUAAUUAAGCAGAAAAAUUCCUCACAAAGUAUUUCUUCACCUUAUAAAAAAGCAAGAUAUUGCGUAUAAAGAAUUGUUAAAAUACAAGAAUUGCUUCCAGAAGUGGCAGGUAAUUAUUUAAAGACAAAAAAAAUUUGCGUUCUAAAUUUGAUCCUUUCCUAUAAUUUAUAAAUUAUUUCAUCAAUAUUACAAUUCAUAUUUGUAUCAUCAUAAAAUUUUCUGUUUUCAUAACUUAGUGUUCUUGCUUUUCAAUAUUUAUCGCUUAGGGCACUCAUUUAAUUUUUCUGAAUUCAGUAGUAAAUUUCUACGCCAAGAAGAACGUGCAUGGCACGGCAGAGUCUGUCAAAUUCCACUUCACAUUUUUAACUACUUUUUCCUUGAAACAAAAAUUCUCUACAGUUAACCCUUUGAUGUAUAACCUUUAAUAGUUGUAUUAUUUAAAUUUAUUCAAAUUUGAUAUGAAGUAAUAAAAUUGAUGAAUUUACUUAAAUUUUGGCCGGUGCGAGGGGAUGUGUGGAGAUGGGAGCUUAUUGUGUAGGAUGACUUCCACUGUCACCAACGGAAUCCCCAUCAUGUCAGCUCACAGGAAUCUUUGCUUUGUAUGCAGCUUGAGCAAGGAACCUUUUCAAUGACACGUCAUGUUUUAGCCUCGUCUUGAUCACGUCACGGAAAUGAGGCAUUGCGUUGUCGUUGAACAGAUUCACAGCUUGCACGGCUGCAGCCUUAAUUCUGGGGAUAAGAUCAUGCGUCAUCAAUUUUCUCAACACCGACAAAUGAGGUGUUCCUCACAAGGAAUUGUUGAAUCUCUUCCUGUAUGCUUGUCACUAAGACAUGUUUUUGUGGUAUUCCUUUAAGGUUGCUCCAAGUUCAGCAUACAUUUGGUUUGCUCUUUUGGAGAUUCAUUACUGCUUGGACUGGUCUACAAUUGCAAUAGACUAAUUUCUGUUGUUAUCUACAAAUGUUUUAUCUCCCUUAUGAUACUUUGAUUACUGUCAAGUGUAGGUCUGUGCACUUGACAUGUUCAAGGUGUGCUCUAUGAUAUUGGUUCUGAUAAUUUGAUCACUGUCAUGUGUGUUGGUGCGUAGGUGUGUUGGUGUGUGCCCUUGACAUGUUCAAGGUGUGCUACAUGAUAUUGGUUCUGGAUCAUUUGAUCACUGUCAUGUGUGUUGGUGUCUGCCCGUGACAUGUUCAAGGUGUGCUACAUGAUAUUGGUUCUGAUACUUUGAUCACUGUCAUGUGUGUGGUGCGUAGGUGUGUUGGUGUGUGCCCUUGACAUGUUCAAGGUGUGCUACAUGAUAUUGG